AUGAGUGAUUAAGGGAGUGUUGGAUUGCAAUAAUGGAGAUCUUAAUUGCAACAAGAUAAAAAACUAUCAGUACUGCUAAGAGAUAAUUUUGAUGAAGCAUCUUUUCUCUAUGAUCUAUAUAAGACUUACACUAUUACUGAAAUAAAUCAGUUUAAAUGGGAUCUAGAAGAUGCUUAGAGACACAUAGAAGCUUCAAUGAAAGCUAUGUUGUGCCAGAAUCCUUAGGAAUUCAAUUUCAUUUGUGAAGAUUUGAUUAAAGUGCAAGAAAGCCUUGAAAAGAUAGAGCCAGUAGUUCAAAGGCUGUAAUCAAUCAAGGAAAGGUAAUCUAAUUUAUAUUUUAAUAAACCACUUAGUAUUGAGAAGAACAUGAUAAACUAGAUUUAAAAAGCCAAAUCAGAGGUUUAAAGAUUUAGUAAUAUUUUGACUACAGAAAUCAUGCUCAAAGAUAUUUAACAGAUAUUCCAGCUAGUCUAGAGAAUUGGGUACAGCUAUGAUUUCAAUGAGAAAAAAAUCCUUGAUCCACUGGGACUUUCAGUAACGUUGAAAUCUUCAGAUAUCUCUAAUGAUCUCUAAGAAUUGAGUAAGGGUAAAAAGGAAUAACAGGAGACUUCGAUUUAUCAAAUUCCAGAGGUCAAAGUAUAACUUGAUCUGAUUUAGACUAUCAAGACAGAAUUAAUAGAAUAGACUUAGAAAAAAUUCUAGGAGAGCUACGAGAAUAGAGACAUACAAGGAAUCACUUAAACUAUUUAGAUAUUCUUUAAUCUAGAGACACUAAGCGACUAAAUUCAAGGAAGAGUCAACCAAACUUUGAAGUCAUUUUUUACUGUUUGGAAAGUGCAGAUCCAGAGUUUAAAUGAGAGAGUUUAGGGUGUUUCAAGUAAGGAUGAAGAAAAUACAAUGGUAGAUAAGUCUGUUGGAAUAUAUAUCAAUGACAUGAUUAAGCAUACACUAAAAGUCUAUACUUUAUCACUGGCCCUGUCGGAAAGAGAUCCAGCUUCAGCUUAUGAAUCAAUUUAAGAUUCACUUGAGAAGGUAAAAUACUUUAAAAAAUAAUUCGAUUAGACUGGGCUGAAUAAUAUCUUCAAUCUAUACUGGGACAAACUAGUCUAUAUUCUGAAGCAAUCACUUACUAAAAUUGAACAAACUGAGAUGUACUCUUAUCUAUUCCAAGUGCUAUCUAAUCGUUACUUUAUAUUUUUAAAUGGCAUUAUGCUUUUCUGGUAAAAGAUUCUUAAUGAAAUUACUCCUUCUGAUAAGAUUCAAAUCCUAGAAUUGAAAUUUAAUUUGUUUGAUUCUUUAUCAGUCCUGAAGAAUAAAUAUCUUUAAAACAUCAGCAAGAGUCUUUUAUCUCAAGAAGAUCAGAUACUAAGAAUUCUUGAUGAUUUAAAAAAAUUUGGAAGGUUCGUCAAUUCUUCGAGCAGCGGGUCAUUAAGCUAAACUACUAAUUCAAGUGAAAAUAACGCAGUUGGAAUACUCUAUUCAAAGAUAAAUGAAAUGACUGAUACACUAAGCAUUCACAUCAAUACCACAUAGACUUAACUGGAAAUUAAAAGUUCCAUCAUUCAAUUUGCAAAUGAAAGAUUAACUAGUAUCAUUUAGCAUUUCUCAAAUUAGAUUAUUGCCAUUGACUUUGACUCGGAUGAGUAAAUCAAUUAACUUAAGUUCAAUUUCCUUAUUCUGGAUGUUGUGAAAUUGCUCGAAAAUUUCCUUGAUAUUGACACUGAUCUAAAAAAGAUAAUAAUAAAGCAGAUUAAGAAGUUAAGAAAACUAAUUUUUAGCCAAUUGUAUGACUAGCUUAAGCAGGAAAUAAAUUUCACAUUACUCAAGCUCAUUAGAGCUCUUCCUUUAGAUAAAAUCUCAAGUGAUGAAUCUUAGCUUAUAUAAUGUACUAGAAAGAUACCAAGAGUUUCAAUCUUGCAAACUCAAAAUGAUUACUGA